GUGUAAAAAAUAAAAACGCACACACAUUUGUGAAGGGUGAUAGUGUUUAACUGCUUCCUCUGUGAAGUGUUGGUUUGUUUCAUCGUACUUGCGGCCAUCAUUGUCACUGUGAUUGAAUCCACACCCCCACAUGGAUGUGAAAGGAACUAUUUAUUAUGAGAGAAAGCAUGUUCCUAAAACUAAUAUUCCAGUGAUUAGUGAUUGCAAAUUUCUAAUUGACUUCAUAAUGAAUAAUUACUUGGGACCUGAUGUUAAGUCUGAUAUUCCAAGACGUUCAGUUUCUCAUUUACUAAGAUAUGCUCUCCCUGGUCUUGUUCUUGAUAUCAAUAUGUUUCAUAUGUAUCUAAAGGGAAAAUUGCUUUUUCCAAGCUCUGAUUUUACUGAGAAUAGUAAGCAGUUUACAAGUUUUUACCCUUUGGAUCUUCAUCCACAGAGGUGGUUCCCUGAGAGCUUUAGAAUCAUUAAAGGCAUUGUUUUAAUCGAUGAUCCUAUUUCGUCGGGCAUCAAGGAGAAGGAUUUAAAUAGGUUCAUGUCUUUAACUGGUGUGAAUACUUUAAAGUUGAAUCAAAAUGAAUGUUUAGGUGUUAAAAUUGACACUCAAGUAGGCAAGGAUGUUGGUGAUAGUAAUGGAGCCAACGAGGCUCCGGAGAAACAGUCUACGCAAGAGUACAAGAGAAAGUACAUUGACGACACUCCGCCAACGCCGGAGUUCCCCCGUGUUGUCCCCACAAAGCAAUAUGCCACCGGAGAUCAUUCCAAGAAGAUUUGUAGCAGAUGGGAUGGACCUUCCUUGAUGCCCCUUCUCUCUAUUCCAGACGUUGACGAUUGCGACCAAGGUUCGUCUUUUGUUUUAACAGGGACAGCCAAAAGUGGGAAAUGUGGUCCUCCUGUGGGUGUUGUGGAUAUUGGCACUAGUAAAGCAGCAUAUCUAUUCCGGGUUUCGUUACCAGGGGUCAGAAAAGAUUAUAGUCAAUUCAGUUGUGAGAUUGAAUAUGAUGGGAGGGUUCACAUCAAGGGGUUGUUAGGUGGUGGAAGAACCAUAACAAAACAAUCACGAGUUUAUGACAUGAAAGUCCGGCAGUUGUGCUCGCCUGGACCAUUCACGCUUUCAUUCAGACUUCCAGGGCCGGUCGAUCCAAGACUGUUUGCACCUAACUUCAAAUCUGAUGGCAUUUUUGAAGCAGUUGUA